AGAUCCACGUAAGAGGCAGUCUUUCUCGUGUGUCCCUAGCAAUGCUUUCUUCUCUUGGAGCUAUAAGUAGGAGAUUGCCUCCCCAAUUUAUUCUCUUGGAAACUCUCUGAAUCCUCUGCGAUCCCACGUAUCAAUACUCCCUUUGCAUCAUGGCUUCUCCAAACGUUACUUCAAAGACCUUCACUCUCAACACUGGGGCAAAGAUCCCUGCCAUUGGAUUGGGAACUUGGCAGUCAAAGCCCAAUGAGGUAGAAAAGGCUGUGGAAUACGCUCUGCGAGCGGGUUACCGCCACAUUGAUACUGCCCUUGCUUAUGGCAACGAAGCCGAAGUAGGACGAGGUAUUAAGAACAGCGGCGUUCCUAGAGAAGAGAUCUGGAUCACGACCAAGCUCGACAAUCCUUGGCACAAGAGAGUUCCUGAGGGAAUUGAUUCGUCUCUGAAGUCUCUUGGGGUCGACUAUGUUGACCUCUAUCUUGUCCACUGGCCAUCAUCCACCGACCCAACAGACUUGAAGAAGCACCUUCCAGACUGGGACUUUAUCAAGACAUGGCAAGAGAUGCAAAAGCUCCCUGCAACUGGCAAGGUCAAGAACAUUGGCGUCUCCAAUUUUGGUAUCAAGAACUUGGAGAUUCUUCUCAACGACCCGUCUACCAAGAUCGUGCCUGCAGUCAAUCAAAUUGAAUUACAUCCCAACAACCCCUCCCCAAAACUCGUUGCAUACAACACCGAAAAGGGAAUCCACAGCACUGGCUAUUCUUGCCUAGGGUCCACUGACAGUCCAUUGGCGUCUGACAAGACCCUAUUCGCCAUUGCUGAAGCGAAGGGAAAGACUCCUCAACAAGUCCUGCUUGCGUGGGGUCUUCAGAAGGGAUGGUCUGUGAUCCCCAAAUCAGUCAACAAGGGACGUAUCGAGGCAAACUAUGAGCUCGAUGGUUGGGAGUUGACUCCCGAGGAGAUUAAAAAAUUGGAUAAUCUGCCAGAUAGAUUCAAGGUCUGCGGUGAUGCCUGGUUGCCAGUCAAGGUGUUCUUUGGGGAUGACGAAUAGAUACGGGGUUUAUAUGGAGGUAUUAUAGAUAGGUUGAGAUAGCUGGAAUGGAGCUUUCUCCCAGUAUUAUGCACAAGCUCAAACUAUCAAUUGACUCUCACACUCUGAAAUGAUCAACGGAUUCAACACUAAGGAAUUUGUUUGAUUCAUGAAAAUGUGAACCUUCAUCGACCGUCUACUGGAAACGUAUCCAGUCUCCAACACUAACUGGGUUCGCGACUUCAAAGUCUGCGCUGCUCACUCAAACAUUGGAGCGCGAAGAGUAUCUGGUGCACAGGAAGCCUCACGAAUAUGUCACAGGAUUGGAACAUGAUAUCAGACAUGAUAGCGAGCAUUAAAAGGACGAAUGAAAAACAAAAAAUUGAACUUUGCAGUACUUCAAAGUAUUGGUAGAUACAUCAUAGCCU